UGAUGUUUAAUGAAAUUUUCACUCCUCAGAUUAAGACUGUUGUGGAGACAAGAAUGUCUAGGGGUGGAGUUAAAUUUCUUAAAUUUGAGUUAAAUUACUAAUUAUUAGAUUGUUUUCUUGAUUUGAUUAGAAUGGCCUGACUUUCUUAAGACAUCCAAUAAAUAUAAGCUAGUUAUACUAACCUAUAAACACAAGGGGGCUUAUGAUUUGCAAAUCACUUGGUUUAUUUUUGUUUAAAUUUUCUAUUUCCACUAUGUAGAUAAUAAAGCCAAUAAAAAAGCAACACAGAAAUUAUCAUAUAUCUGUGUUGAAGAUAUUUGGCAAAAGUAAAUCUAAAUU